AUGGGUAUCAAGGGUAUUCGCACAGCUCUGAAAGUCGACCUUGAUAAGCAUGCCCGGGAGCAGCCUGGACUGCAUAACCGAUGGCACCCAGAUAUCCCCGCAUGUGGAAAGAUCGCCAACAAUGAAGUCGUGAAGAUCGAAUGUCUAGACUGGACAGGCGGGCAGAUCAAGAAUAAUGACUCGGCUGAUGACGUCCGAGAUGUCGACCUGACAGAAAUUCACUAUCUUUCAGGUCCAUUUGAAAUCGAAACCGCCGAGCCUGGCGAUGUACUGCUUGUCGAGAUCCAGGAUGUCCAGCCAUUCCAAGAGCAGCCAUGGGGCUUUACUGGAAUUUUUGAUCGUAAUAACGGUGGCGGCUUCUUGGAUGAGCACUAUCCCAAAGCCGCGAAGGCAAUCUGGGACUUUGAAGGCAUCUUCUGUUCAUCUCGGCACAUUCCGCAUGUCCGCUUCGCAGGGUUGAUUCAUCCCGGUAUUUUGGGUUGUGCUCCUUCGGCAGAGGUUCUGGCUGAAUGGAAUCAUCGCGAGGGCGAGCUAAUUGCUGCAAACACGGUCGCCGAUCGCAUCGUCGCGCAGCCGCCGAAUGUCACAAACGCUCAUGCCGGUAGCUCUGCCGACGAUGUGAAGGAGAGAGUAGCGAAGGAGGGAGCCAGAACAAUUCCAGGUCGGCCCGAACAUGGCGGCAACUGCGACAUCAAAAACCUUUCGCGCGGCUCCAAGGUAUAUCUUCCCGUUCACGUCCCUGGUGCUAAGUUCUCUGUGGGAGACUUGCACUUCUCUCAAGGCGAUGGCGAGAUUUCAUUCUGCGGUGCCAUCGAAAUGGCAGGCGUCAUCACACUUAAAUUCACGGUAAUUAAGGGUGGAAUGGCGAAACUGAACAUGAAAUCACCUAUGUUCCAUGCUGGCCCAGUUGAGCCCCAGUUUGGACCCGGGCGUUAUCUGACUUUUGAGGGAUUCUCAGUCGACGAGAAGGGAAAACAGCACUAUUUGGAUGCUACAGUGGCCUACAGACAGACAUGCCUGCGAGUCAUUGAGUACCUUCGACGCUACGGCUACUCGGAUGAACAAAUCUAUCUCUUGUUGAGUUGUGCCCCUGUGCAGGGUCAUAUUGCUGGAAUUGUUGAUAUUCCGAACGCGUGCACUACUCUCAGUGUACCCAUGGAUAUUUUCGACUUUGAUAUUAGGCCCGAGGCUGAUGUGGCCACGCUUGAUAUGGGUACCUGUGCCUUGACCACCGAAUAG